CAUUGUGUCCGUCAGGAGGCGCUGAAGGGGCCCCGCGACCCCUCUGAGGUUGCUUAAUGGGAUCCCAGCGUGAUCUCGCUCAGAAGCGGGAGGGGAGCUCGGCACACAAGUUCUGGAGGAGAUCUCAGCCCGAAGCGGUCUGUCGCCUUACUUUAAUCGACAUUCCUCCGUGUGUUCCGCCCGCAAAGCUGAGCCAAACGUUAACGGUGCGUAAUUACGCACGGGCGCGACGGGUCCACGCUGUUACUGGCUGUGGAAACCCGUGGACAAAGAACGGCAGGCAGGCAGAAAGGCUGGAGUACAACUGCCUGACUUCAGAGGAGAGAAGUACCGUUGGGAGGGAGACGGGGGAAUCUGGAGUCGGAAGUGAUUUGUGUUUUUACUUAUGAGAAAUGUAACGUAAGAAAAGGAUUUUAAGAAGGAAAGGCAGCCGUUUGGAGAGAGGUGAAAGCGGGCCAGACAGACUUCUGACAGGAAUAACUCCUAAUAUUCACCAUCCAGGUCAUCGGAGCAUGGGAGGAGGUAUCUGAGAGCUGUAAAAUGUACCCGCGACACAGAGAGAGGGAGCAGCCCAUCUUCAGCACCCGAGCACAUGUCUUCCAGAUCGACCCGGCGACCAAACGUAACUGGCUGCCGGCCAGCAAACACGCUGUCACCGUGUCCUUCUUCUACGAUGCCAGCCGCAGCGUCUACCGCAUCAUCAGUGUGGGCGGGACCAAGGCCAUCAUUAACAGCACCAUCACCCACAACAUGACGUUCACCAAAACAUCUCAGAAGUUUGGCCAGUGGGCAGACAGCCGGGCGAACACCGUCUAUGGCCUGGGUUUCUCCACAGAGCAGCAGCUGCAGCAGUUUGCAGAGCAGUUUAAGGAGGUGAAGGAGGCAGCUCGUCUGGCCAGAGAGAAAUCCCAGGAGAGGUUUGAACUGGCCAACCCUGGACUCAACAUUGCAGCUCCUCAGCUCUCGCAGGAGCUGUCAGAGGAUCGUCACUCUCCACCGCUGCUGACAGUUAACGGGCCUGGAGAGGAAAAGCUGUUUCGAAGCAGGAGCGCAGAAGUGGAGCUUACGGCCGAGAAGGAACGGGUCAAAAAGAUGCUGUCUGAAGGGUCCAUGUGCGAGCUCAACUUGGAGGCUGAACUCUUCACUCUGCAGGACAGCAACGCCAAACUGGUGGCAGCACUGCAGGAAGCCAACAGCAGCGUGGAGCAGUGGAAGAAACAGCUGGCAGAAUACCAGGAGGAGACCGAUCGCCUCCGAGACCAGGUGGCUGAGCUGGAGGCCCAGCUAGGGCGUCCUGCUGCUGGUCAGCUGGGUAAAGAGGAGCUGAGUCGGUCGUUGGAGGAGCUGGAAGAUUUGCUGAGAGCCAAAGAGCAGGAGAUUCAGAAUCUGCAGUGCAGGAAAGCAGAUGUGGGCAAACUGGAAAAGGAGAAAGAAGAGGUCAUGCAGAGACUUGAGGAUCUGGAGAGACGAAACACUGAGCUGGAGAGCCGUGUUCAGAGCACUGAAAAAACGUUCGCUACAAAUCGCAAGGAGCAGGAGCAGGCUGGGGUUGAAGUCCAACGAAUCAUCGGGGUUCUGGAUGUCAAAAUUGGUGACCUGAAAGGCCUCAGAGAAAGCCUAGCAAAACUGGUUAAGUAGCCACAGCUGGUGCUGGGAUGCAUCUCCAUGGUCUGUGCUUGUGUCCGCUGUGGGACCUUGAUUAGUAUUGAAUUGGUGCAGCACGAGAACAGAGAUUGAAGAGAAAAGGCUCAAAUCACUCUGAGGUUUACCUUUUUUCUGUGAGGAUUAGUGAAGAUUGUCAUUAAAUUUCUCAAUGACACUGUCAUUUAUAUUAUCUGCUAUUUUCUAACAACUCUGAAUGAGGUAGAUCUAUCUCCUAUGGAAAGGAACGCCACACUUCAUACCUUUUUGAUGCUGUAGCUAUUAAAUAUACUUGGUAAAAUCUCACCUGGGACCUCAUUUACAAAAAAGCAGACAUAUAUUUAUACUUGCUCUUAGUCUUACUCUACUUUUAUGUGUUUAUAAUUAGUCUACUUUUAUGUGUUUAUAACAGCUGGAAAUUAAAACAAACCUUACCUUGCUCCUUACUAGAGCCAACAAUCAAACUUGUAAGGAAUGCACAGUACUUUGUGAACAAACACUGCUGUUGCUCCUACUUUACUCUUGCUCUGUCUGCAGUUUCUAGCUCAUUCUGGUAGAGAACAAGCGUUGGGAGUCUGGGAUAUAUGUAUUCUUGCAGCAGUGUCAAUACUCCAACAUUAUACUUUUUUGUGAUGAAACACAAAUUCUCCUAAACCCAUCAAGAGGAGAAUUUUUGGUUGAUUUCCCUCUUUUUGUUUGCUAAAUCAUUCCUGCUCUACAUCUGUGUGCACUGCGUUUUAAAUUACUUGUAUCUGCAUCUUAUACGAUACUUGUCCUUUUUCAUAUGUAAGUUGCUUCCUGAUGUGCCUCAAACAUAAGCAGAGUCUAGUUGCGUAAUGUUCUUUCCCACUUCUACUCUAUAGAGAUACAGCUCUAGUCAGAGGCUCACAUGCAGUCAGCAAGGGUUUCAUGCCAUAUUUAUUUGGGGCUUUUAAUUAUGUAUUUUGACCAUUUAUUUUACCACAAUGGAAUGAUAAUAUAAUAUUGAUUGUUUUCAAAAAAGACAUAUUUGAAUAUAUUGUGGGUUUUCACUAUUCAAAACAGGGUCUAAUUUACACACAUAGGCUUAAAUACAUACUGUACAUACAGUCAUAUUAAAUAAAUUAGAAUAUUAUUGAAAAGUUCAUUUAUUUCAAUAAAUUACUUCAUUAAGUGAAACCCAUCAUACAGAUUAAUUAAACGCAGACUGGUGUUUUUAAGACCUUAUUCCUGUUAAUUAUGAUGAUUUUCGGCUUACAGCUAAUGAGCCUACCAAACAUAAGAUAAGUUUCAAGUACAAACAUUUAAAGUGAAAUAAACACUCAAAAUAGCACACCAUGUCCUCCAACAGUGAUGUUGAACCACAGUUUGACCCGCCUUUGUGGUACUUAAUAUUUUUGUAGUCUCUCUUGAGUUUUUUAGGUUUCCCGACACUGCAGUCUGCGGUAAAAUCCGGGCUUGUCAUUCUCUCUGCUACCUCAGCGAAUACUUUCUCACGCCGCUGACAUACAGCGGACCACGCUAAUAACCAAUCAUUGAACAGCAGUCUGUUCACGUCACAUUUCAGUCCUGCUCUCCCCCAAUGAGACCUGCUGUCCAGCACUUACCAAGAAAGCCAGUUCUGGGCUGGAAAAGCCAGUAAUGGAAAAACAAAAUGGGUAGAGUGGAGUGGAGCCAACUAAAGUAGAACCCAUGGAAAUAGGGCUAUAGAUCAUAGCUUUCACAAGGCCAUUCUAGAAGCUUCUUGUUAGUCUAUUAAUAGCCAUUGCUAAUCCAUUAAUUUUCAACUGGACUGAGAUUGGGCCUUUAGGAAUGCCAUUCCAGAAGCCUGCUUUAUUCAUUCAAAAACCAUUGUUGAUGUUUGUUUGGGAUAAUUAUCCUGUUGGAACACUUGAUUGUGUCCAAGUUUAACCAUCUAGGUGUUGAUUUGAGAUGAGCUUAAACAAUGUGUCAUUAUUUAUCAGUGCAUAGUGAAAAAACAGUGGUUGAAUUGUAUGAUUAAAAGUCCAAAACUAAUACUUUAGACAAAUAAUGAGUGAAUGAAGUCCAACAUAGUACAUAUGUAAGGCCUAGAUAGGUUGUAAUUUGUUUUUUUACUUUCUGUAAGAGCUAUUUUUAUCUCAUGUUAUAGCAGUGAAAAAAUUCCAAAAGUCAAACUGUGACUCCCAUAAUCAGCUUGCCCAGGCCCCCGCCCUUGCCUGCCACCCUAACAUUGCACCCAAAGUCAACUCACGUCCUUGUAGGAGGUGGUCCAAACGAGGAGGUACAGCAGCUGCUUGUUGUUUUUACAGGCUGUGUCCAGCAGAAGGGGCAGGAGUCGGGGCUCCACCACCAGGUGCUUGCUGGCAGCAUGCAUUGAGGUCUUUGAAUUGCUUUUAGUCCCACCUUAUCCUUAAGGCCUGUUUACUAUGGGAUACUACACCAGUAUAGCAUAGCCCCCAGGAUCACAGGGGGUCUCAUACCCCUCCACUACAUUGACGUGGCAAUUCUACAGAGGGGAAUAGAGGAUCAGGAGCUCUAUCAGCCGAAGGGAGCUCGUAGUAGAACCCCUGCUGUAUAAUAGGGUACUGUAUAAUAAUCAAACAACAGCCUGACUGUGUGUUUAAAAAAGGCCAGUGAUAGAAAGGCUCUGUGAGCAACCCCACGGGCAUGUCCGGACAGACGGGAAGAUAACUGAGCUGUAAGGCAGAAAGUUACAUCAGACAAGUGCUUCAUUGAAAUUCUUGAUGUGUGGUUUAAAGAAACAAGAAAGAGAGUGAAAUGCUUUUUGUUUCUUAUAGUGUAGUUUAGACUGAAUUCUUCAUAAUAUUAAAAUAAAACCCUAAAUUCCUCAUAUGGUUGUAGAAACACAGCCUUUAAGUUUAAAUUCUCUUGUUACGGUUAGUGAUUGACAGGAAUAAUUCUAAUUACUAAUGUAUACAAGUGAACCGCCUGCAUUAACACGACUCUGUGGAGAUGCACCCAGUAGGAGUUGGUCAGGGGUUUGGACAAAUGAAUUUAAAGACCCUGACUUGAAGCAGCUCCAGCUCACUACCAUUCGCAGGCAUUAGGAUCAAACCAGCCACCACAUCAGCAAACGCAGAGAUGCAACAACUCACUCCAGCUCCGUCUCUUCUGAGGAUCGCCAGCACAAAACUGUUUAUAUUUUAUAAGAACUGCUCUUUCUCACCACUUAUUCUAUUAUUCAUGUUCAUCGAUGCGUUGUUCGCACAGCCAGGAUGGGAAACCUGCAGCGGUUAGCAGCCAAAAAUGAAAAAAAAAUAAAAAAUUGCUGAAUUCAAAUUGAAGCUACAGCUGCUUGAGAGAAGUCAGCAUGAGUCCGAAAAGUUUUGUCUCACCUCGAUGUUAAAUUAAUCAUAUUGCACUUCCUCAUAUUUGUGCCAAGUUUAGUUGUUUACAUUUGUCAGUAUUCACUAAAAGAAAAAAAACACAAGCUUGACUUUAUGUACUUUGUGUUGCUCGACACUAUUAAUAACAAUAAGAGUAAUAAUUGUGAGGAUGAGCUCAGCAGACAUGCAGGACUGAGAUCACUACAGUAGCACUGCAUGAGCUCUGCAGACACCCUUUACCUGCCAACUAAUGUGAAGCUGAAUGCAUGCAGCCUCAGACUGCUCGAGGUUAAAACAGCACAACUGCAGAAAAUGUAGUAAACUGGUACGUAGCUGACUUGCCCGUCAGUGUAAGAUGUGAACUUCGGAUGCCCAAAAUCCAUCGAUUUUUGCUUCUUUGCAACUGAUGAGUUAUUGAUUUCUCCAUCACAGUUGUUUAGGUACAAAUGGGGUGCUGUUUUUCGCAGCUGAUGAAGCAGUGACAGCCAGAAUGGCCAUAUCGUAUCAAGAUGUGAAACCAGUUAAUGUACCAAACUGCACAAUGAUGUAGUAGCACCAAUUAUUGCACACGAUGCCUUGAAAAAGUAUUUACACCUCAAAAACGUUUUCAUUUUUUCUCACAGCAGAACUUCAGUGUAUGUUAUUGAGAUUUUAUAUAAUAUACUAACACAAAGUAGUGCAAUAUUGUGAAGUGGAAGGAAAAUUAUACAUAUUUCAAAGUUUUCAAGAUAUAAAAAUCUCAAUUCAGUCCCUUUUACAAAGAAAGCCUGAGAUAAAAUCCAGUGCCACCGAAUGCCUUUAGAUGUCACCUAAUUAGUCACCACUACUAAUUACCAGAGUCCUUCCACCUGUUUGACUUAAUCUCAGAAUAAAUCCCGCCGUUCUGUGAAGGACUUAGAGAACAUUAGUAAACAAACAGCAUUAUGAAAACCAAGGAACACAGCAGACAGGUUGGGAAGAAAGUUUAAAUCGGGGGUUAGGUCCUAAAACAAUAUCCUAACCUUUGAACAUCUCACUAGGCACUGUUCAAUCAGACAUCUGAACAUAGCACAGUAAAACUGCAAACCUAUAAAGACGUGGCCUUUUAUCUAAACUGACAGGCAAGGCAAGGACAUCAAUCAGAGAACUAGACAAGAGACCCGUCAUAAAACUAUGGGGGCUGCAGAGACAGACUCAAAAAAUAUGGUCUUCAUGAAUAAAUUGCUUAAAGAAAUCCUUAACAAAUUUAAUUUAUGGUUUGCCACAAACCAUGUAGUGCAUAUAGCAAUCAUGGUCAGAUGAGACCAAAAUCAAAACUUUUUGACCUACAUGAAAUAUGUUAAGUGUGGUUGUGAAUGAUUGCUGCACAUCACCAUGAACUAUCCCCAGGGUGAAACAUAGGGUGGCUGCAUCAACUUGUAGGGAUGCUUCAAAAUACCAGUAAUUUCUGCAGAAGACUUGAGACUUGGGUGGAGGUUCAAAACAUACAGGAAGAUCUAUAAUGGAAUGGUUCGGAUCAAAGCAUAAUCAUGUGUUAGAAUGGGGGGUUCAGAUUAGAAAAAAAAAUUGUUCUAUAUUAUUUUUCCCACCCUCCAUAGUUAUGCACAAAUGUGUUAUUCUACAAAAUAAAAUAUGUUGAUGUUACUGGUUGUUUAAUGACAAAAUGUGAACAUUUUAAGGGGUUCGAAUGGCGCUGCAACUUGACAUUUGUCUAUAUGACAAAUAAGUUUUGAUUUAGUCAUUUGAGACAUAAUUACAUAGGUUGUAUAAAAUCUCAGCUGUUCUAGAAAUUUUUAUGUUAUGAAUAAUGUUAACACUACAAACAUUUCUUCAUGUCUGGUUAGCAAUCUAAGGAAAGAUAAUCAGCUGCUGCUUGCAACUGUCACAGAUUCAGCAAGUCUCUAAAAUAGUAGAAGUCAUCUGUAGAUUAUCAGGCCUUUGCAAAGCCUUUCAUUUUUAUCUUCAUUACAUUAAUAGAUUAUGAUGAAUUGCCACCUUUUCUGUCAUGUAAAAGGUGUGUGUGUGGGGGGUGGGGGCUGUAGGGUUAAUGUCAGACACUUGUGUCACAACAGCCUUAUUCCUUUGUUUGACUUCUGCACAUUAACCUUGUGUAACACAUUACACUGAGACACAAGCAGACAGGAUGCCCUCUACUGCUAUUAGACUGGAUUUCUCUUUAGGCUAAAGCUGACACAUGGACAUUUUUAAGGUGUGGAUCAUGACAAAGUAUGUUAAAAGAAAGUGAAUCAUUCAUUUAGAUUUUAUAUUUUUUAGCAAGCAGUUCAGUCUUUAAACAUUUCUGCCUAUUUAUAACACUGCACUUGGAAUAUUUGUCAGUUUGUUGUUUUAUUCCCCAAAUCUGCAGUUGAGGCACACGUUUUAUUAGAGUUGUUCAUUUUUCAAAUGUGUUUGUGAAAAGCAAAAAAAUAAAUGUUUGUACCCUU